CUCAUUGCGGCUGCCUCGGCCCUACCAGGACGGCACCAGGGACCGUCUCCGACAUCUUCGAGUGUGAAGGCGAUACCCACGAUCUGGCUUGCGGGUGAUUCGACGACCGCGCCCGGUGGAGGUCACAAUGGAACGGAAGGAUGGGGUCAAUAUCUAAAGUACUCAUUUGGCGACAAUGCUUUCGUAAACAACUCUGCAUACGCAGGACGUUCCGCUAGAUCCUUCACACGCGAAGGACGCUUCGACCGAAUUGCUGCAGCUAUGAAGCCUGGAGAUUUUGUGGUCAUUGAGCUGGGAAUCAAUGACCCGGGUAAACCGACGAAUGGGUCUACUAGUACUACGGGCGACAAGGGAAGAGCUGAUUGCCCUGGUGCAGGGAACGAGACUUGCACUGUGAUCUUUAACAACGUUACCGAGAUUGUGCAAACAUUCCCAACCUACAUCGAAACAGCUGCCAAGAAAUUCCUUUCACUUGGAGCUGCUAGUGUCAUUAUCUCUGAGCAGCUUCCUACCAAUGUUUGGGAAUCAGGUUCGUACUCAUACAAGCCGUCAAUCUUUUCAUAUUAUGACCUCUUGGUCACGGAUAGAUUGGGAGGACCGGCCGGAAAGGCAUAUCUCGUGCAACAUGGAAGCUACGCGGCACAAGCGCAGAAGUUGCUCGGGGCUGAAGUCGUUGACGCGAACUAUCCAAUGGACCACACGCACACUGCGCCGUUUCUUGCCGAUGUCCAUAGCCAGGCCUUCGUCUUGGGUCUCAAAUGUGGCACGAGUCCUCUAGGGAAUCUGGUUGUGAAUGCAACAGCUCGCAUCGAGGCAUCUCGAGGGCCAUGUUUG